AUGGCAACCAAUCCAAGACGUGGCCUUCUCAUUGUUUUCGAAGGUUUCUCCAUUGUUUUUCCAUUUGUUCACAAAGUUUUUGUAAUAGGACUCGAUCGAUCGGGAAAAUCGACACAAGCUCGGCGGUUGGUCGAAACGCUCAAUAAAGGCGCCGGAGAUGGCCAGACAACCGCCGUUUUGCAAGCUUUUCCAGGUAAAUUUGCGUAAUGGAGAUUGUCCCAUAAUUUCCACGUCAAAAACAGUUCAAACCAUCAACUUUUGCCUAAAAAGCCGAGAAACGCUCAUUUUCGUGAAAAUCGUCAAGAAACGUAAAUUUUGCCCAGAAAUCCGACCGGCAACUUCUAGGCCACCUCUUCCAGACCGCUCAUCGCCAAUCGGAAAGCUAAUCGAUCAGUAUCUGAAGAAGGAGAUCGAUUUGGACGAGCACUCGCUGCACCUCAUGUUCUCCGCCGAUCGCUUCCUCAAGGUCCGUGAUUCUAGGCCACCGACGCCCGGAAUCCUAGUCCAUUUCCAGAAUCAAACGAUUCGCGAGCACAUUGCGAACGGAAUCGACGUGGUUUGCGACCGGUACUGCUACAGUGGAGUCGCCUAUUCGCUCGCCAAAGGUACAGUCGUUUUACACAUCGAAUUCACUAAAAAACGUUUUCCCAGUUGAAUUUCUAGUAGUUGCACGAUUUAAUCGAGAAAAAAGUCUCACUUGGGAAAAAGUAUAGAAAACAGAACAUAUUUCUAAGGAGACCUCUCUUUCGACCGAACAAAGUCGUAAACUCUGCACAUUUUGAUCAAUUUUCACUGAAACUUCACUGGCGUGAAUCCCUUGUUGAAAUCCUUGACAUUGCCAACCCGAUUUCUGUCGCUUCCGCACGGUUGACCCUUAUUGUCACUAGCGUCCUAAUUGUCUUUCGACUGAAGAAGAUGUGCCCUUCCUGCUGUAACAGGUGCGCGACAAGCUAAUGAAUGCGCAGGAAGUCGGCCACCGUUCAAAUCGGAUGCGUUUUGAGCCCGACAAUGGGUCUGAGCUCGAAAAUCCCUCGUGUGCACACAAAAAGACGAAGAAGAAGAAUAAAGAUGAUGAUGAUGGGCAGGAAGUUGUUAUACAAUAGAAAAGAGACAUUUGUGGACGAGGAGGGGGGAAACUAACUAUUUGGGAGCACAAGAUGACAACGGAAAGAGAAGAAGAAGAAGAAGAAGAAGAAGAGGAGAAGCUCUUUUUGAGUGAGCACUACCUUCCGGUGGACGCCAAAGGAUCACUGUAGUUCGGUUGCAAAAUAGCCAAUCCUAAUGAUUUCCAGUUGCCUAAAUCACGUUCCGAGCUUGUUUCUAUAGAAAAGUACAGCUCAGUCUGGAUUGUAGUUGCGAAACGUCUAUUCCGUCUAGAGCACAUGAUAUCUCAAGAUUCCGUGGAACAGUAUUGGUUGCAAACUGUCCAAUUCUUCGUCUAGAUUAAGUUUCCCUUGUUUCGGUUGCAAAGUGUCCACCCCCUAUAGGUCCCUAUCCCUGAAUUCUCAUCGGAUGUGUUGGCAUGUUGAUUCGCCAGGGUGCUCACCCAUCGAUCAUUUUGGCGCGUUCUUACCGUGUUUGUCGAACCAAUAAUAUUCCCCCCGAGGAGGUGAUAACCUGUCGGCUUUCCGCGACACAGAAAACAAACUCACUGAGAGGGGUUAAUCUGCGACGCCGCCAAAGUGAUUAGCAUUAGGCAAGUGGCCGGCGGCACGUGUCGAGUGCUUACUGUACUGCUUACAGUUGCCAAAAGAUGGACACUUUGCAACCAGGACGAUUCUCCUUCCAAUACCUAGAACAUAUUGAGCAGCUAACGAACCAGCACUUAAUUAGGAUGCUCACCCCGGUUUUCUCCGGUAAAUCCCUAAUACGUGCGUACCCGCUCAUCAAAGGAACAAUUGACAUUCGCAACAUUCAGCCUCCCGUUUCGGAGCCGUAAACGGAGCCAGAUGCGGAACCUAUUAUGAUGACGUUUACGGGAUAUUAGGAUGUCCGGUCGCGCGCGCGGCUCUCUUUCUCAGAUGCCGAAAUGUGCGCGCGUGCUCCGCAGAAUGGCGGCUAAUUAAACUUGUUGCAAGCAGAAGAAGCCGGCUGUCUCUGUCUCUCUGAAUGCGUGGGCAAAGGAGGCAGGUAGAAGAUAUAUGGAGACGACCAGUAAUAAUUAUCGUCUUCCGUGAGCCGCCCGCCCGCCGUCGCUCUUUGUUUGCUCUUUUUCGGAUCAUAUUGCCCUGGCUCAUCAGGAAUUCUCUGAAAUUCAUCGGAAGAUUGGAAAUGUACAGUUUUUGCCACUUUAAAAGAUAAAAAAAGAUGGACAGUUUGAACUUUUCGGUACCUGAACGCUUGUUUUUCUCAUGCACCUCACCAGAUCUCUGGCUACUGUAUACGUUGAGAGCGCACAAACCAGCACCCCUCGCGGAUUAGGAGGUCAUUACCGGUUAAUGAUGCUCUCAUUGCGUCAUUAUUGACAGAUGUAUGAGCAUUUUGCAUAUAGAAGAGGUGCCUAGGUGCAAAGUGUGGGAAAUCGAGGUGGAUACAGUACUAUGUGAUCGAAAUUGUGGCAGAAAGCAUCAGGAAACCUCUGGAAUGCUGACUUUCGCAAAAUUGAGCUGUUUGAACACUUCUGGUUGUCAGAUAAGUUCGGAAAAACCUAACGAAAGACCCCCUGAACUUCAGAACCGUCACGAAACGCCCCCUGCACCCAAGAUGCGCCCAAAGUGCCUUCUUAUGACACUGUUAUUAUCGUCCAUGUGCUCAACCACAUUACCUUCUUCUUCUGGGAGCACACACAAAUACAUACGGGAGACUGUUUGUCGAGAGAAUAGAUUGACAGUGCCUUCCGAGAAGAGAGAUCCCAUUCAACACAGUGUCUUCUCACUCGCGCACACGGCGCUUUUUGCUCCGGCGCUGUUUGCUCUCCCCCCCACUGGACGAGGAGCCAUGAAAGGCGACAGGAAACGGGACGAAGUCGUUUCCGACGACGACGAUGCGUUUUGUUUGAAUGAGAGAGAUGUUUGAGAGCAGCAGUGCACUUAGGCAACCACAAACACGUGUUUCGUUACUUUUCUACGGCAAAAACUGGAAGAGAAAGGAAGGAAUUUCGCUUUUUGACACUUUUUAGUGGGCACAUGAUAUCAUAUUCAUUUUUGAUGAUAUCAUUAGAAAAAGCGGCUUAUUUUGAGCGGAAAUGAAAAAAUUAAAGUGGAGAUCUGAAAAGCUUUGGACUUUCUUCGAUUUUGACUUUCUUGAGCCUGCCAACUCAUUUUAAAGCCAAAUAUGAGUCUGCAAACUUUUUUGCCUAGAAAAUAGGCCUGGAUAAGGAUCCUAACUGGAUUUGAGCAGUAGUUUCAAAAGAUUCAGCGGGUUUGAAUCAGAUUUUGCAAAAAAAUUCCAAAAAAACUUUAAGAACCCCCACUCUGAUAUCAUUGGUUUCCAAAUGUCAAGUGAGUUCAUUCUUCCUGUCUAUCUUUGGUUUUGCGAUAAAAUUUGUCAAAAUUCCACAAUAGAUUAUCUUGAUCGACGACCAAUUCCCAUUUUGCAGGACUCCCGGAGCAAUGGGUGCGCAGCUCGGACGUGGGCCUUCCGAAGCCCGACGUCGUCCUUUUCUUCGCCGUCUCGCCGGAAGUAGCGGCUCAGCGGGGUGGCUUCGGCGCCGAACGUCUCGAGACGGCCACGAUGCAGCAGAAGGUGGCGGCGGUGAUGCCGACGUUGCGGGACGACACCUUCUGGCGCACUGUCAACGCCGACGGCGACCAGGAAACCGUGGCCGGCGACGUCCUUCGGAUCUACGCGGACUUGGACCGUCAGAAGCCGUUCGAGUCGCUGGAGAAAAUUUGA